UCAGGUUUCAUAAAAGGAUUGCAAGUAGCAUGAAAUUAAAACUGGAGCCAGAGGAUCAUGAGAAUGAAACCAAGAUAUUAGGAUUGAUUUCACAAAAGUUGAGGCAGGGCAGCUUUGUGCUAAUUUUUGAUGAUGUGUGGCAGCCUUUCUCUCUAGAAGGUGUUGGAAUUCCUAAUCUAGUUGGAAAUAAUGGUUGCAAGUUAGUACUCAUGACACGAUUACAAGAUGUUGCUCGUGCAAUGGAGUGUAAGGUGAUACUUGUGAAUCCUCUUCCACCUGAAGAAGCAUUAGCAUUAUUCUUGAAGAAAGUUGGAAGUGACGUGUUGUUAGAUGGCAUAAUUAAAGGAGAUAUAAAGCCAUCUUUGGAGCAAAUGUUACAGAAAUGUGAUGGAGUACCCCUUGCUAUUGUGACAAUGGCAGAAUCAAUGAGAGGGAAAUUACUUCCUCGUCUUUGGAAGUCAACACUUUCUAAAUUUAAUUGUGAAAUCAGAAAGGAGGAGUUAAUUGAGUAUUGGAUUGAGGAGGGGCUAAUAUAUAAAGAAGGGAAAACCAGGGAGGCAAUGAAUUUGAAGGGUCAUGAUAUACUCGAUAAGCUUGUUGACAACUGCUUGUUGGAGUUGGUUAAAUACAACAAAGAUUGUGUGAGUAUGCAUGAUCUUCUCCGAGAAAUGGCGUUGGAUAUGAGUCCUCAAUUCUUGGUGAAAGCCGGCAUUGCCUUGGAAAAGCUACCAGAGGAGCAUGAAUGGAGUGAAGAUCUUUUGAAGGUUUCUUUAAUGAGGAAUUACAUAACAGAAAUUCCUUCAAGCAUGCCGCCUUCGAAGUGUCCUAUGCUUACAACCUUGCUGUUGUCCAAUAACGAGAUUUCAACAAUUCCAGAAGCUUUUUUUGAGCAUAUGGUUGGGCUCAAGAUUCUUGAUCUUUCCAAUAAUCGUGAGCUACGUAGGCUGCCAAGUUCUGUGUCCAAAUUGGAGAAGUGUACUACAUUAUUGCGGGGGGAUUGUAAGUCCUUAAGAGAGGUACCAUCUUUAUCCAACCUUGUAGGCUUAAAAAAGUUGGAUCUUUCCUGGACAUCAAUUGAAGAACUACCCCAAGGCCUCAACAUGUUAACAAAUCUAAAAUAUCUUGGUCUUGGUGGAAGAUUGCCUGAAACACUUGAUGAAUUGUUGCAAAAUCUCUCCGACCUUCAGCAUUUAAUGGUAAAUGCUAAAACAAAAUUUAAAUGGGAGAAGAUUGGAAGUUGGGGGAAGCUUCAAAACCUUGAGAAGCUGGUUCUUCGUAAUUUGGAUAACUUGAAUGCGGUGUUUGGGGAAGCAGGAGCAGUUGCUGAGUCAGCAUCGCUACCAGCUGGCACAUUUUCCUCGGCGAGGUGGUUAGGGUAUCUCUAGAAACUACAGACUAUUGAGGUUGAAGAUUGUGAGCAACUGGAGGAGAUAAUAUGGUCUAAAUCUAAAGAAGGAGAACAAGUCACUCUACCCAAGUUCGAAAGCUUGACAUUGUCCUCUUUGCCCCAGUUGAAGAGCAUCUACAGUGGUUCUUUGAUUUGUGAUUCCAUCAAGAAGAUUGAAAUUCAAUUUUGCUACAAUAUAGAGAGUGUUUUUUG